AUGGUGGCCUUGAAGUCGGCCGCGGCGAAGCGCAAGGCGCCGCAGCGCACGAGCCGCGAGUUUGUUUCUCCUCAGGCGCCGCCGCUGGCGCUCGAGCGGGCGAAGAAGGCGGGCAGGGCCAAGGAGGAGGCCAUCGAGAUCGGCUCCGACAGCGCGCGGCCCGCGUCUCGCGCCCCAUGCCUCGCGCGCGCGCGACGCGAUGCGAUCGUAGGCGACUGCGACGACGAGCGCGCGUGGAAGCCGAAGGCGAAGGCGCCGCCGCAGCUCGGGCAGCACAAGAUCGCCAAGACCGCGAUGGUGGCGCCCGGCCAGCCGUACAAGGCGGGCAUGCAGCAGCGCGGGGCCACGGGCACGGGCCCGGGCGGGCGGCGCCUCGACGACGGCAAGGUCGUCUACGGAAGCGGAAGCGGCCAGGUCCUCGGCGGCCGCCCCCGGGCCCGCCCGUACAACGGCACGAAGCCGCUGCCGAAGAAGACGCCGGAGCGGCGCGCGAGCCCGCCGCCGCGGCGCCAGCCGAGCCGCGAGAAGAAGCCCGGCGGCGCGCCGCAUUGCAGGCUCGACUGCAAGCGCGCGUAUUUCGGCACGGAGCUCCACUUCGGCGCGGGCCUCGUCAUCACGGAACAGGCCAUCAACAUGGAGUGGAAGAGCCAGCUUACGGGCAACUACCGCACCGUGGCCAUCCAGGCGCGCGACAUCGAAUCCAUGGCGUACAAGACGCAGGACGACGCCGACGCCGGCCCCAUCGACCUCUGCGGCGACGACGCGCCGGCGGACCUGAGCGACGGGGGGCCCGUCGUCAAGUUCCUCGCGCUGACCCUGGACAAGAACGCCUGGGUCGGCAACACCCUGAGCCGCGAGCGCUUCGACCCGAGCCAGAACCCGGGCCCCCACUGCCGCGUCGUCCUCGACCUCGCCGGCUCGGCCGCGCGCGUCUUCACCGACGACGUCCUCGGCUUCCUCUACGACAACUACUCGCACGCGACGAUCAACCUGAUCAGCGGCGCGGACACCGCGGCCCCCUACCUCCUUGGCGUCACGGACGCCGACGCCAUGGAGAAGCGCCGCCGCGCGAAGCAGAACGAGGCGGAGCCGGCCGCCGCGGCGCCGCGGGGCGGCUCGAAGCGCAAGCGCGGCGCGGCGCCGGCGCACGUCAACCUCGUCGACGACCCGGCCAACGCCGAGCCCGCCUUCACCUUCCCCAGCGCGAAGGCGCCCGACGCGAUCACGUGCCUCAAGGGCGACCGCCUCCGCCUCCAGGACGGCGAGUUCCUCAACGACAAUUUGAUCAACCUCUACCUCAAGAACAAGAUGCACAACCAGCUCGCGUCGGUCGUGAGCGUCCACGUCUUCUCGACCUUCUUCUUCACGAAGAUGCUCGAGGCCGAGGCGUUCCCCGGCUCCUUCGACGCCAAGAAGGCCUACGCCAAGGUCAAGCGGUGGACGAAGAACGUCGACGUCUUCGACCAGGACCUCCUCUUCGUGCCCGUCAACGAGCACCUCCACUGGAGCCUCGCCGUCGUCGUCAACCCCGGCAAGAAGCCCUCGCGGCGGACGCCGCGCGCGCCGAAGCCGAAGCCGAAGAAGGGCGACGUCAUCGAAAUCGACUCCGACAGCGACGGCGACGGCGACGACGCGGACGCCACGCCCGACCCGUCGGAGCCGUACAUCCUCGCCAUGGACAGCCUCCGGUCCCACGACAAGGGCCGCAUCGCCGAGUACCUCCGCGCGUUCCUCAAGUGCGCCUGGGCCGACCGCCACGCGUCGCGCGACCUCGACGGCCGCUUCGAGGCCGAGACGAUGCCCAUCUUCGCGCCGGACCUCCCGAAGCAGCGCAACUCCUUCGACUGCGGCGUCUACGUCCUCAAGUUCUUCGACCUCCUCUUCGACAAGCCGCUGCCGGCGCGCGCCGCGGACGACGACAUGACCUUCGGCGACCGCUUCUCGAAGCAGCUCUUCAAGCGCGAGGACGUCAAGGCCAAGCGCGCGAAGCUGUUGCACUUCUUCGACCUCGAGUGGGAGAAGGCGAUGAGGGCCAAGGAGGCCGAGCUUCCCGAGGCGAAGGCGCCGGAGGCGGCGGACGACGACGACGUCGCGGAUUCCGACGCCACGGAGAGCAUGCCCGACGCGCGCGCCGCCGACGCCGCGACGGCGAGCGACGACCUCGCGGGCGCGCUGGUGCAGGCCAAGGCGCGCCAGAAGCGCGACACCGCGCCGGCGCCGCCGAAGGCGAAGGCGCAGGCGCCGCCGCGCCAGAGCUUCCGCGACGGCGCGUCCAUGCCCGACUGCCUGCCGCCCGCCAAGCGGCAAAAGACGGGCCAGUCGACGUCCUCCGUCGCGGGCAAGUCGACGUCGUCGCCGCGGAAGCGGAAGCCGCCGACGCAGUUGACGCCGCCGGCCUCGGACGACGACCGAAUCGAUCCGAUCGCGCCCGCGCCCGCGCCCGCGCGGCCGCGGCGCGGCGGCGACGACGAGGCCGCGCCGCGGUCCAAGGACGUCUGGAACGCCGGCUCGAUCUUCGUUGGCGACCACGCCAUGGUCCACGCGGGCCCGCGCGACGCGAUCCGCGACCCGGCGUCGCCGCGCGUCGUCCUCUUCACGACGUUCGUCGUUUCGGACGGCGGCGGCCCCGGCGCGUCCUACGACGUGCGCGACCAGUACAUGCCCUACUUCCUCGCCGAGGACGAGACGAUGCCCCCGGAGCGGGCCUGGGCGCUCCUCAACUUGAAGGAGUGGAAGAAGGAGGAGCCCUGGUCCCACUACCCCGGGGACAAGAAGUCCAAGGCCGUCCGCCGCCUCGCCACGUCCCCCGUGCUCCCCCCCGCGACCGUCGUCCAGCUCGUCGGCGAGCUCCGCGCGCCCGAGGACUAG